AUGGCCGCCCGAGCAGACAGCAAGGCUCCCAGUCCUACGGAACCUGCCGAGCUUCCUGUCCGCCAGAUGAUCCACCUCAAGACGAAGGAGGAGUGUCGGCUGGGAAACGAGACUAUUCAGGUCUGGGCUGUGGAGAUGCCUAGUAAGCACGCAGAAGGGAUCUUGAAAGUCGUCAAAGAUAGAAUUGAAGGCCAGGAUGCCGUCGAUCUUCAGCACCUCCGUCGCUUCGCCAAACCGAAGUCCCUGCCCAAGCAUGUCCUCGGCAAACGAGAUCUCAUCAAAGAGAUGUACGCCAUUCCCCGGGCCUGGGAAUCCACGCCGCUCUCCGUCAUGCAAGCCCCCUCCACCGCCGUCUGGGAGUACUCGGUCCCCGCAAAGCCCCGCAUCAACCACAAACCACAGACCUUGUACCUGCUGAUCUGUGGGACGAACCUCAUCUCCCUCUCAGAACUCCACAACCUCUUGCUCGAAUACGCUCCCUUCUGCUCAUCGGCGGACUCCUGGGCGUACCCGUUGGAGAUUAAAGAGGUCACUGUUCCUCGCCAGGCUCCCACCAGUCCUGCACAAGCCGAUAUGUGGACGGACAACUACUGGCCGACCUUCUACCGCAAGACAAAUCCCUUUGGUGCGCACCCUGCAACCAUCGCCAAAGCUGAAGAGGACCUGUCCCAUCCUGGGUACGAGAGCGUCGGCGUCGAAGAAGCGAUGAUACUGGCAGAGCGUGCGGCGCACGAGACACAGGCCAUGGGAUAUGGUGUCGGCCCCGGCUGCACCAUCAUCGAGCGUGUUGACAACAAGGCGGAAAUCCUGGCCGUCGCUGGCGAUGCACGUCACAAAGCUCUACCGAGCACUGCAGGCAUGACGGACGCACAAGAUGCUUGCAGUGGCAACGUGAUGGGUCACGCUGUGAUGCGAGCCAUCGGCAUGAUUGGGCGGAAACGUCUGCGUGUUGCCUCCCACCCCGUCUCCAGCAAAGCAGCCAAGGCGGAGCGGACAUUUGAGAAUUGUGGCCUCGACCACGAUGAAAAGGCUCGAGACGGCUUCUUCCUCGACCUCCCCGUCACCCCGUUGGAGGAGGAGUACUUCGCCCAAGACAACAUCAAACCGGACGGAUACCUCUGCCUUCGCCUCGAAGUCUUCCUCACGCACGAGCCCUGCAUCAUGUGCUCGAUGGCACUCGUGCACAGUCGGGUUGGCAAAGUCAUCUUCAGCGAACGGAUGACACAAACGGGAGGCCUGACAGCCGAGAUGGUUAGCAACGAUACCGGGCCUGUCGGGCUGGGCUACGGCCUCUGCUGGCGGAAGGAGUUGAACUGGCAGUUCAUGUGCUGGGAGUACGCACAGCAGGAAGAGGAAAAGGCGGGCAAGGCGGGCAAGGCGAUCCCUGUCGGUAAUGUUGAUCACCAUCAAGCUACCAGCACCGCCUCCGCCAACACGAACCCGGACCAGCACCUCGCACUCACCUCCGCACCCACCUCUGCACCCGCAAAACCAACAGCUAUGCUUAGUGAUGACAAUGCUAAUGUGAGCAGCUUUGCCAGCACGCAUGUGUAG